CCGAAGGCUGUUUAGCACUUUAUAAAAGCACGAGUACGAGCUGAUUUUAAGCACUGAAGUCAACCAAGUUCUUAGCGGCAGUACCAAAAUGCUAAAAACUACUCUUCUUUUUGCUAUCGCCUGCAUCUUCGUGGCUGUUCAGGCUCAAACUCCCAGGCCUAACGAAAUUUGCCGUACUGAAAACGAAAAAUGCCGACGAAAUGAACGGAGGUUGGGAAGGGACAAUGAUGUAUCAAACAUAUUCAAUAACCACUGUCGCCAGGCCCGUGGUAUUACCAACUGGCGUAAUGUUACCCGUUGCGAAUUGACCCUGGCCUCUUGCCGAUUGACACUUGAGCGUUGCGCCGUCGUAAACUGCGAGAAUGUGAGAAGAAACGUUGGUGGUGGAGGUGGUCCACCCUCACCGGCUCCAAGGACGACCACUCCUCGGAAUCCUGGUCCCCAAACUCGGACUCCUCCUUCUGGCCGAACUACCACUCGUAGGGGUCAAACCACUAGGAACCCUUCAAAUCGUAGAUCCACUACUCGUAGGACACGAACAACUAGAACUCCAUCUUCUCGCCGAACUACCACCCGUAGGACCCCAACAACCAGAACUCCUUCUUCUCGCCGAACUACCACUCGUAGGACAACUAGAACUCCUUCUCCUCGUCGUACUACCACUAUUCGACCUUCUGAAGAGUAAACCACUACAGGACUCUUCUUGCCUCGCUAGAAAUCAACUUAACUAAAAUGCGUAUUACUUAACCCCAAUAAACAUUUCAAU